UAAUGACAUUUCUUUGGGCUGACAUACCAUUCGAAUGGACUUGUCUUUCAUUAAGAUAUCAUAAUGACAUGCUAUGGUAACAUUACUUAUCUAUAUAUAUAGGUAUAUAUGGAGUCUUAUAUAAAUGAUACCGGUCUUUGUAGCAGGAUUCUAUUAAUUGUACAAGCAUCAAACAACACCUGAUUAUUAUCAUAAAAUCAAGAAAGGCACAUGGGAUCAGUUUAUUGUCAUGUUUUUUGUAUUCCAAAACAAUACUAUAAGGCUGCUCCAGUUCCACUCUAUUAUUUAAUUGAUCUCACAAUUUCUAUUGUGGAGGGAACAUUUUUUGAACCAUGUAGAUUCUGGUUAUGGUUUCAUCACAUGGUACAUCAUUUAUUCAAGAAACUAAGGUUUCCAUGAUUGUCAUUCCAGCAUUAAUUCUAAGAAAUGAGUAUGAAUGGUAAGACACAAUGAUCAUGGCCACACAUACUUUACUGAUGAAGUAUCCCUUCAUCUUUCUAUUUAAUAUAUUAUAUGUUGGGCUAGUGUUUUAUUACAAUAUUUUGCUUUAUUUCAGGUAUAUACAUAAUAUAUCCUAUCUAGUCCAUUGAAUGAAAAAUGGGUCAAUAGAUUCUUGGGUAAAUUCUUCCCUUUCAUCUAUUACAGCUUUAUUGUCCUCUUGGUUCAUGAUUGCAAUAAUGCCUUACCAUUCCUUUAUUGAUC